AUUUUGCAUGGGCAGAGCCCCCCCGCGGCCAUGGGGCAGAGCGAGUCGGAGCCGCAGGAGGAGGCGGAGGAUGCGUCCCUGACAGCCGUGCUGGCCAAGCAGCUCCCCACCGGCGCAGUGAGCACCCCCGGGGGGACACAAACUUGUCCCCACGUCCCCAAACGAUGGCGUUACCCCCACCCCCCCCCCACCCCCCCCCCCCCCCAGCGCUGCCCAACACCCCCCGAGGGGACAAAAAUGUGUCCCCAGGGGACAGCGUCCGAGUUGAGCACCCUUGAAGGGACGUGAACGUGUCCCCACGCCCUUGGGGACAGAUCCCUGAUGCUGUCCAACCCGCCCCGUCCCUCCGUGUCACCGAGGUGGCAGCGUCACCCGUCCCCUUGGGGGCACCAGGGGCAGCAUGGGGACCCCCCCCCCCCCAUCUUUCUCCUUCCGCAGGUGCUGGGGGCGGUGCUCGGCCUCGGCGUCUUCACCAUCAUCAUCGCCACCGCCAUCGUGGUCCUGGUCCGCCGGCUGCGCCUGAAGAAAAUCCCCGCGCAGGGGACGCCGAAGUAUCGCUUCCGCAAGCGGGACAAGAUGCUCUUCUACGGCCGCAAGAUCAUGCGCAAGGUCUCCCAAUCCACCUCCUCCCUGGUGGACACCACCAUUUCCAGCACCUCGCGGCCCCGGAUGAAGAAAAAACUCAAAAUGCUCAACAUCGCUAAAAAGUUCCUGCGCAUCCAGAAGGAGCUGCCCACCCUCCAGCUGAAGGAGCCUCCGCCCUCGGUGCUGGAAGCCGAUUUGACCGAAUUCGACGUGGCCAAUUCCCAUCUUCCCUCCGAGGUUCUCUACAUGCUCAAAAAUGUCCGGGUGCUGGGCCACUUCGAGAAGCCGUUGUUCCUGGAGCUUUGCAAGCACAUGGUUUUCCAGCAGUGCCAACAAGGGGAUUACGUUUUCCGACCCGGACAACCCGACACCAGCAUCUACGUGCUGCAGGAUGGCAAGUUGGAGCUCUUCCUCACCGAACCGGACGGGAAGGAGACGGUGAUGAAGGAGGUGUUCCCCGGGGACAGCGUGCACAGCCUGCUCAGCAUCCUUGAUGUCAUCACGGGCCACCAGCGCCCAUACCGGACGGUGUGCGCCCGGGCGGCAGAGGACUCCACCAUCCUACGGCUGCCAGUUGAAGCCUUCUCGGCCGUCUUCGAGAAGUACCCCGAGAGUUUGGUGCGGGUGGUGCAGAUCAUCAUGGUGCGCCUGCAGCGCGUCACCUUCUUGGCUUUGCACAACUACCUCGGGUUGACAAAUGAGCUCUUCAGCCACGACAUGCAACCGCUACGGCUCUUCCCCCAGCCCGGCCACGCCGCCCGCACCAGCCCCGUCCGCCACGGCAAGCGGGGGCUCAGCAGCGCCGACGAGGGCAGGGAACCGGGUGAGCCAGGAAAGGGGGUGCUGGGACCCCCCCCCCCCACGCCGCCACCGCUGCGGUGGGGGGGCUCAGGGUGGUCUCCUCCUGCAGCCGACCCGCUGAAAGCCGGAGGCCUGGAGACCCCCGCGCCACCGCCGCCACCGUUGAGCCGCUGCAUCUCCAUGCCGGUGGAUAUCUCCGGCAUCCAGAAGGGUCCCCGCUCCGACUUCGACAUGGCCUACGAGCGCGGCCGCAUCUCGGUGUCGCUGCAGGAGGACAGCACCGGCGCCUUGGCCGCCUUCUCCCGGUCCGUCUCUCACGAGCCCAAGGAGCGCAAGUCGGUGACGGUGGAGGAGCAGCCUUCUGGUGUCUACCACUACAACUACUGCGAGGACGAAUCGUCAGCCGCGGACUGCCUCUUCGGGCCCUACCAGGGCCGCCAGACCAGCGCCGUCUUCGAGGCUGCCAAGCGGGAGCUGGUCAAGCUCAUGAAGGUGGAGGACCCUUCUCUCCUCAACAACCGCGUCUUGCUCCAUCACGCCAAAGCUGGGACAGUCAUUGCCCGUCAAGGGGACCAGGACGUGAGCCUCCACUUCGUGCUGUGGGGCUGCCUCCACGUCUACCAGCGGAUGAUCGACAAGGCGGAGGACGUCUGCCUCUUCCUGACGCAGCCCGGCGAGAUGGUGGGACAGCUGGCCGUGCUCACCGGCGAGCCCCUCAUCUUCACCAUCAAGGCCAACCGUGACUGCACCUUCCUCAAGAUCUCCAAGUCGGACUUCUACGAGAUCAUGCGGGAGCAGCCCAGCGUGGUGCUGAGCGUCGCCCACACCGUGGCCGCCCGCAUGUCACCCUUCGUGCGCCAGAUGGACUUCGCCAUCGACUGGAUGGCGGUGGAGGCUGGCCGGGCGCUCUACAGGCAGGGGGACAAGUCGGACUGCACCUACAUCGCGCUCAACGGGCGGCUCCGCUCCGUCAUCCAGAAGGGCAGCGGCAAGAAGGAGCUCAUCGGGGAGUACGGCCGUGGAGACCUCAUUGGCGUGGUGGAAGCGCUCACCCGGCAGCCCCGUGCCACCACUGUCCAUGCGGUCCGGGACACGGAGCUGGCCAAGCUGCCUGAGGGCACCUUGAACAACAUCAAGCGCAGAUACCCCCAGGUUGUCACCCGCCUCAUCCACCUCCUGAGCCAGAAGAUCUUGGGAAACCUCCAGCAGCUCCGCGGGCCCUUUGCAAGCUCCAGUUUGGGCAUGGCCUCCAGCUCGGAGCCCACCAACCCCACCAGCAACCUGUCGACGGUGGCGGUGCUACCGGUGUGUGAUGACGUGCCCAUGGCCGCCUUCACGCUGGAACUCAAGCACGCGCUCAACGCCAUCGGUCCCACGCUGCUCCUCACCAGCGACAUCAUCCGUGCCUGUCUCGGCUCCUCGGCGCUGGACAGCAUCCAGGAGUACCGCCUGUCGGGCUGGCUGGCACAGCAAGAGGACAUCCACCGCAUCGUCCUCUACCAAACCGACUGCACCCUGACGCCGUGGACCGUGCGCUGCAUCCGUCAAGCCGACUGCAUCCUCAUCGUAGGGUUGGGCGACCAAGAGCCGGCGCUGGGAGAGCUGGAGCAGAUGCUGGAGAACACGGCGGUGCGCGCGCUGAAGCAGUUGGUCCUCCUACACCGCGAGGACGGUCCCAGCCCUUCCCGCACCGUCGAGUGGCUCAACAUGCGCAGCUGGUGCUCGGGCCACCUCCACAUCAAGUGUCCCCGGCGCGUCUUCUCCCGCCGGAGCCCCACCAAACUGCGGGAGAUGUACGAGAAGGUGUUUGAGAAGAGCGCCGACCGGCACAGCGACUUCUCCCGGCUGGCGCGGGUCCUCACCGGCAACACCAUCGCCCUCGUCCUGGGGGGCGGCGGAGCCAGGGGCUGCUCCCACAUCGGGGUGAUCAAGGCGAUGGAGGAGUCGGGGAUCCCCAUCGACAUGGUGGGGGGCACCUCCAUCGGCGCCUUUAUCGGGGCGCUCUACGCCGAGGAGCGCAGCGCCGUCCGCACCAAGCAGCGGGCGCGCGAGUGGGCCAGGUGUAUGAAUUCUGUGUUCGAGACCGUCCUGGACCUCACCUACCCCAUCACCUCCAUGUUUUCGGGCUCAGCCUUCAACGCCAGCAUCAACAAGGUUUUCCAGGACAAGCAGAUUGAGGACCUGUGGCUGCCCUACUUCAACGUCACAACGGACAUCACGGCCUCGGCCAUGCGGGUGCACACGGAUGGCUCGCUCUGGCGGUACGUGCGAGCCAGCAUGACCCUUUCUGGGUACCUACCGCCACUCUGCGACCCCAAGGACGGCAACUUACUGAUGGACGGUGGUUACAUCAACAACCUGCCAGCCGACAUCGCCCGCAGCAUGGGCGCCAAGACGGUGAUCGCCAUCGAUGUGGGCAGCCAGGACGAGACGGACCUGUGCAACUACGGGGACAGCCUGUCUGGCUGGUGGCUUCUCUGGAAACGUCUCAACCCCUGGGCUGAAAAAGUCAAGGUGCCUGACAUGGCGGAGAUCCAGUCCCGCCUGGCCUACGUGUCGUGCGUGCGGCAGUUGGAGGUGGUGAAGUCCAGCUCGUACUGCGAGUACAUCCGCCCCCCCAUCGACCACUUCAAGACGAUGGAUUUCGGCAAGUUCGACGAGAUCUACGAUGUGGGGUACCAGCACGGCAAGGUGGUCUUCGACGGCUGGAGCCGGGGUGACAUCAUUGAGAAGAUGGUGAAGGACCGGCGCUCAGCCGACUUCUACGAGAGCAAACGCAUGGACGUGCUCACGUGUCCCAGCGCCGGUUUCACCGACCUGGCGGAGAUCGUGUCCCGCAUCGAGCCCGCCAAGCCCUACUUGUCCGACGGAUACGCGGACGAGGAGUCCGACUACCUCACCGAGUACGAGGACGAGGGGCCGGAGCCGGCGCGGGGCGAGGAGGACGUGUUCGCCCAUGCCGAGUGGGCCAGCGCCGGCGCCUUGGAGGCCGUGAGUGCCCCCGGCCGUGGAGACCCUCCAAAACGGGGUGCCCCUGGGUGUGGGGGGGGCCAAGGGUGCCCUGAUCCUGUUCAGGGGGGCCCAAGGGUGCCCUGAUCCUGUGAAUUGGGUGUCCCUGGCCAUGGAGACCCUCCCAAAUGGGCUCGGGCCCCCUCGGGCGCUGCACCGUGUCCCCAUCCGUGUCCCCCACGUGUCCCCCACGUGUCCCCCAGCUCCCUGUGGGCUCGGGGACAGCCUGACCCCCCCCCAAAGCAGGUGCUGUGCCGUGUCCCCAUCCCAGUGUCCCCAACACGUCCCCUCUG